UGCAUUAGGUUGGGUGGCACAUACUCAAAACUAAAAAUGUUAAUUCUUACUAGUUUUAAAUAAAACAUACUCGAAAACUAUAUUUUAUUUUAAAAAUGGAAAAACUACAUGACUAUCAGGGAAUAGCAGGCCGAUAUCAUCAACUAAGGGAUAAUAUUAAAGAAAAAUACGAAGAGUUUCAAAACAACUAUUCAACAAAUUUGGUUUCAACAGUUAAAAGUCAACUUAAAGGAAACGAAAGUGCCAAUAAAGAUUAUUCUCAUGUUUUUAGAGCGAAGACAAGAACGGAAUUAAUUCGAGUUUCUGCUGCUGUCAUGGGUAUCGAAUUUUCAUACGCAGCCGAAACAGCGUUUGUCUCUCCCACACUUUUGAAAAUUGGAGUUGAGCAUCAGCAUAUGACGUUGGUGUGGGCGUUGUCUCCUUUAGUUGGAUUUUUUCUAUGUCCAGUUAUGGGUUCUUUAUCUGAUCGCUGCAAGCUGAAUAUUGGACGUCGACGACCAUUUAUUCUUCUAUUGUCAAUUGGAGUAGUUAUCGGUUUGCUUUUGGUUCCAAACGGCGAAACAUUAGGAUAUUGCUUCGGAGAUGGAAAUGCAUUUUCGGAAGAUGCUUUUACUAAAAUCGACAGUUCAAAAAAUAUAACAUAUAUUCAUGAUUCGUCAUCGAAGUCUUCCCAUUCCUGGGGAAUAUUUUUCACUGUAUUGGGGACUGUUCUUCUCGACUUUGACGCUGAUGCAUGUCAAAGUCCGGCACGAGCUUAUUUGUUAGACGUAUGCGUACCAAAAGAUCAUGCAAGAGGCCUGUCGACAUUUACUAUAAUGGCUGGCUUAGGAGGAUUUUUUGGGUAUUCGAUGGGAGGCUUAAACUGGGACGAAACAGAAAUCGGACGGAGAUUGGGUGGACACGUAAAGGCCGUCUUCUCAAUAAUAACGAUUAUUUUUGUUACAUGUGUGACAUUAACACUAACAAGUUUUUCGGAAAUUCCUCUUUGGGUUCUAGCAGACUCAAGUCAAUGCGGCGGCGAAAAGUUAAAAGCAAUAUUAAAAUCAUACGGUGCCUGUGAAGGCGAUAAUGACAAAAAUCAAAUUGAGGAAGGAAAUAAACAGGUACCAACUGAAGAUCAAAAAACAAACAUCUCCAUAUCCUGCGAUAUUUAUGAUGAAACUAAUUUUACCGAAAAUUCUGACAUUAUAAACGAUAGUACAGGUGCACAAAGUGACGAAUUAGUGCAUAACCAAGUUCCAUUGGAAGUUGAAUCCCUGCGUCAUUAUUUGCUUUCCAUUGUGUACAUGCCACUGUCUUUAAGGAUGAUUUGCGUGACCAAUCUUUUUUGCUGGAUGGCACACGUUUGCUACUCACUAUAUUUUACAGAUUUUGUGGGCGAAGCUGUUUUUAAAGGCGAUCCUAAGGCAACCGUGGGAUCUAUACCUCAGCUCCGGUAUGAAGAAGGUGUUCGAUUUGGAUGCUGGGGUAUGGCAAUGUACUCUCUGUCAUGCUCCUGUUACUCACUUAUUAUUGAAAAACUUAUUCAGCGUUUUAGGGCUAAGCCUGUUUACGUUGGAGGACUUCUUUUCUAUAGCAUUGGAAUGGCCUUAAUGGCUUUAACUCGAGCAAAGCUGAGUGUAUUAGUUUUCAGUUGGACGGCGGGGAUUAUGUACUCUACGCUCUUUACAAUGCCCUAUCUACUGGUUGCUCACUAUCAUAAUGUUUCCACAAAAGAGUUUGCAAACAUACUGGAAGUAAAAGCCACGAAGCGACUCAUUUACAUAAAGAAGAAAGCUGAAGGAGUGACAUUCAUAGCCAUGAUUGAUUCGGGAUGUGACUUGUGUUGGCUGAGAGAGGACGUUUUCAGAAGUUAUGACGGCUUGAAGUUAAAGCCAGUAGUUAAGCACCUGAGAGGUAUCGGCAAGGGCGAACUUGUGCCCGUAGGAUGUUUCGACGUUGAUCUUGAAGCUGAUGGUGUAUGCUUCUCGGUAACUGUCCAUGUCGCCAAACAGAACGAACUCGAGUUCCCUGCAAUUCUGGGAAACGAUGUGCUACUGUUGCAGGGAUCGAAAAUAUUCACAACCCUGGACAUGAUGAACGGUUUCUUUCAUGUGCCGAUUGACGAAGAAUCCAGGAAGUUCACAGCUUUCGUGACGCAUAACGGGCAGUACGAAUUUACUCAUGUACCGUUCGGUAUCUCAAAUUCUCCUGCUGUUUUCUGUCGAAAUGUCACGGCUACUUUGAGGGAUCUUAUUCAAGCACAAACGACCGUGGUCUAA